AUGGCAAACGUGAUACACCCCCAUCCCCAAAUCGACCUCUACCCUGGCCCCGUCAACCUCACUUCUUCGCCUUGCGGAUUUGGCUUCGGUCUGUCCUCCUCCUCCCUGAUGAAUUGGCCGACGCCAGGCACACACGGGGCGUUCACGCACUCCGCCACAAUACAACCGCUUGCGUCAACCCUCGCGCAGCCCGCUCGCACACUCAAAAGACGACACGAACACGACGACGAGCAUGAGGGCGGUUCUACAAGGCAUCAUAGUCCGGGUGCGAAGGACGUUGCGAUGGACAGGAGCCCCACGCCUGAGCGACCUAAACGGGCCGUGCCCAAGCGCGCGCGCACGACACUUGCGGCAUCGGGCUCGAAAGAUAAUCAGAAUAGCAAGGAAAACAAGGCAUCAGGAUCGGAAGAUAACGAUGUGGAUGUAGGCGUGCUGCUCGCUAGCCUCCCGCCACAAUCACUACUUCCGCUCCUGAAUGCUCUCGUGUCGCAUCAGCCAUCCCUGAAACCGCUCGUGUUAUCGCUCAUACCCCGUCCCUCUCUCGAAACCGCCAUACAGGCGCUCGCUCAAUGCGCCAAGAAACUUCGCGACGCGUACCCCUACUCCAACAGCACCCACAACGCCUUGCCGACAUCGCUCGGCUUUGGUUUUGGUUCAAGCUUCAACAGCCGGCAAAGCUCGCUCGGAAGUUCUCCGAUAGGCUUUGGCCGCCCAUCGCCGACGCCGCAGCCAUCAGGGUUCAGCACGCCAUCGGGCUCGGACUCGAACGGGGGCAUGCGCGAAGAGUACAUCGUUUCCCGCCUGCGCCCUCACAUUAACGAGUUUGUGUCCGCAUGUCUCGCGUACCUCCCAUAUUUCUCGUACCUUCCCGCGCCGACGUCGCAUCCCAUCUCACUCUCCCAACCAGCGACACCGAAUGCCUCGCUGCCUCAGCCCAAGGAAAGACCGCACCCGACGGAGACGUUCCAGUUCCUCUCGACGCUGACGACGCACGUCCUGCAGCAGCCUCCGCUCGCGCAGGCGUCGCUAGCCCCGGCGUUGCUUCCGCGGCUGCUCGCCGAGUGGAGGGCGUGGAUCGAUCGCGUGGAUGAAAUCGUGAACAAGGAGGGCGGCAUGUUUGGCGGGGAGACCGUGCGCGCGUGGGAGCGGGACCUCGACACGUUCGCGGAGGCCAAGGGGCACGGACUAGAGGCGUUCAAGGAGAUCAGGGAUCGGUGGGUGGGGAAGGUGGGCUGGCUGGUGGGGCGAAUGCUGCAGCCGAUGAUGGAAGUAUAG